AGUACUCCAGUAUACAACAAAUCUUACUUCAGAUUGUCAAAAAGAAUAGAUCCUUUUCACGUGAGAGCACGUGGGCUCACAGCUCGUGCGCUUUCUACACAAUCUUCUGGGAGUAUUUGUAGGGGACUUCGUGAAUUCAUUCUCUGGUGUGAACUGAAGUUUGUGGACUUCUCUCGUCUCAUAUUCUCAUUGCUCUGUUUCUGCUCUGUUUUUCUUGGCGGUUUUGUUAGUUGGGUUGAACCAAGAGAAGAGAAAUAGCUAAAAACCAAAAAAAAAAAAAAACAAAGGGAAUGGAAAACAAGAAGCUAGUGGUUUCUUCUUCUUCUUCAUUCUGUGCCGAUCUUUUUGGUUCCUUGGAACCAACACAGCCAUCCGCAUCGGCCGGAACUUUCGCUUCGGUUUUCCCUCCGCCACCGACGGUCCUACCCAAAGGAUAUGCACAAAAGCAGCCCAUGGGGAAUUUGAGGAGUACCAAACAAGGAACUGCAGAGAACAUAACCAGCAAGAAAAGGAAUUCAAUUUUCCAAGAAAGCGUAGAACCAUGUUCUCUGAGUUCGUCUCUCUGUUACGGUGGGCCAGAAGACAUGUACAUCAAUUCCUCAACCACUCAACCCUCCGGUGACUACCCUACUUUCAAGAAAGACACAGCGGAUGCAGCAGACAAUGAUACAAAUGGAAACAAUUUAUCAAGUGCUUCUAGAGGGAACUGGUGGCAAGGGUCACUUUACUAUUAAGACUUUUGUGCCCAUAAGAGAGUGAGUCCUGUCUAUAUUGAUGGAUCAAUGGCAUAGGCCCUUUCUUGCACUAUGUUUGGAUUUUGGGUAAGUAGAAGGAAAAAGAACAAGAAAUUCCACGUUGUCGCGUUGGAAAAUUAAGAUGAAGCGCAUUCAUCCAAAUGCAGAUCCAGAAUCUUCAAUUCCUCAGAGCGCGCAACCAAAAGUCAGAGAAAACGUUACGAUUGUCUCUCUUUCGAUGUACUCUUUUUGUUUACUUGUAUUCUUUUCGUUUCUUUUGCUGUGUGUCCAGUUGAACGGAAGUAUUUCAGUGCUCUUUGCAUGUCAAGUUGUUUACUUAUC